AAAAUUACCAGGAAAGAUGGAUAGAGAAGACGAAGUCAGGAAGAGUUUGGCUGAGUUGGGUUAAGGUUUGUUUGCUCAGAGUUCGGUUGAAGUGAGUUGAAUUUGGCAAAUUUAUAAGCAAUUCCUGUGAGGUGAGUUGAAGUGAGGUUACUCUAGUAACACAGAUUAGGUUGGUGUUUAGCUACGGAGUGGAGUGAAACAAGGCUAGUUGAUUGAGGUGGCAAGUAGUUGCCACCCUUGUUGACUAAUGUUAUUUGUUUUCCCUGCUUCUCCCCUCAGAAGUCUCUUUCUUUGUUGCCCUAACAUGCCUUUUAUAGCCUCAAAGUGAGCAUCUACCCAAUGACAAUGUGCACCAUCUAGCCAAGAAGCUCAUGUGAAUUAGCCUAUCCCUUAAACAACUUCCCUGUGUUGACUGGAUACAUGCCAGUUUACCUUUGGUCAAUCUUCAAACAUCUAAAUAAAUUCCUUUCACAAUGUUAAUUUUCAUAGCAUGCACAUGCCAACUAUCCUAAGUCACUGAGUUUAGCGGACAAUUUCACCCACAUUAGAAAGCUUGUAUGUUUGUUUAAAUGGGUCUACUCAGUUUUUAACAUAGUUUUCCUCCAUAUUGCACCAAAUUAUGUUGUGUUAAAAUCCAAGCUAACUGAAUAUUGCACAUUAUUGUUUAUAACCAGUUCUUUUUGGAGUUAAUGAAAGUACCAAGAGUGGAAUCCAAACUGCGAGUCUUUUACUUUAAGAUACAAUAUCGCUCCCAGGUUGCUGAUCUUCGAAUCAAUUUGAACACUAUAAACUCUGUUGCCAAAGAGAUUAGAGGUUCUGUUAAGCUGAAAAGGAUCAUGCAGGCAAUUCUUUCAUUGGGAAAUGCAUUAAACCAAGGAACUGCUAGAGGUUCUGCCAUUGGAUUUAGGUUGGAUAGCCUCCUGAAGCUUAGUGAUAUUCGUGCGCGCAACAAUAAAAUGACUCUACUGCAUUACCUAUGCAAGGUUCUUGAAGAGAAGCUUCCAGAAGUUCUUGAUUUUCACAAAAAUCUUGUUUUCUUAGAAGCUGCAUCAAAGUUAGAGUUCAAGAUUUUGGCUGAAGAAAUGCAGGCCAUUAGUAAUGGAGUGAAGAACGUUGAACAAGAAUUAAUAUCCUCUAACAAUGAUGACCCCCCUGUAUCAGAAACAUUUUGUGAGCAUUUGAAGAGGUUUCUCGUUGUUGCUGAAGCUGAAGUCAGAUCCCUUACUUCACUUUAUACUGCAGUCAAUAGAAAUGCAGAUGCAUUGGUUCAAUAUUUUGGUGAAGAUCCUGCACGUUGUUCGUUUGAGCAAGUCAUCUCUACACUUUUCAACUUCACAAGAAUGUUUGAGCGUGCACACGAGGAGAACUCCAAACAACAAGAGCUAGAAAGGAAAAGAGCCCAUAGAGAAGCAGAGCAAGCAAAGAUGAAGCUUGCCAUGCACAAGAACGAUAAAAAGACUCCGAACUCGAAAUAGGCAUUGCCACACCUUAUUUCUCUAAUACCCCAGAUUGACGACAAGAUCUACACUAGUCUCGAUUGGAGUAGUGUUUAUCGACUUGAGACUUACAUUAUGCAGCAACAUAUUAUUCUGAAAAAAAAGAAAAGGAAUCCUACAACUCGUCAGGAAGCUAUUGAUUCAACAAGAUGGAAAGUGUAGAUAUGUUGCAAGAAGAAGGUAAUCAAUUAUUGAUUGAUUUCAUGUUUUCGAAGAAUGUAUAUAUAUACUGUGCAUAAACUUUUUGUCCUUAAAGAGUAGGAUAACCAAUUUAGCUGGGCGUUUCUAUAGUUCCUGAAAGAAUAAUUUUAUGGGCCA